AUAGCAUAUUCUAGUGAAGCAGUAUUCAAUUCCAAACACCUGCAACUUGUGUCAUCGUUCCACUCAUAACAAAGUUUGAUAGGCAUUUUCAAUUCCUGCAAAAUUCAUCAUCCACUUAUUUCCUGAGUCACAAUUUAAGCUCGAUUCGAAAUCGUCCAAAUCUCGAUAUUUAUCAGUCUGUUAUCAAUUCGUGCACCUCCUGCUAAAAUUAUCCGUCCUGCUGAAACAAAGCUCCAGUUCCUGCAGCGCUCGAAGCGCGUAGCGAGUUUCCUGCGGAGUCAGUCGUUCGCGUGCAGCCGGUCAGAAGCCUCGCUCUCACACUAUGGAUCAUAUCUCUUUGUUACGGUAAUGAAUGACGAUGAUUGCCCUUUGUCCGUCACUCGCCACCAUUCAGUGAUCUGUGUCCUGUCGUGUUAAACUAUGACGUUUAUGUCCAAGUGUGAAAAAAGCAAAGUUUCGAUCGGCCAUCUGGGAGCUUGUACAGUUAAGCCAGCAUGGUAUGUCAGAAUGCCUAACGAAGACUCAUACGCGGCCAAGACGCUGGAGGGCGGCAAGUUGCGGUGCCCGGCGCCAAUUUCCCGCCUCCGGGUGGAGAAAAUCGAGGGGGGUCUUAUGGUGGCCGGAGUCGUCGUGGCUGCCAAUUGCCAGAUUAUUUUACCCAUUUUUGGAUUCUUAUUCCUGCUGGUUGGCUGUGUUUUGACCGCUGCGUCUUAUCGUGGUCCAGGUGAGGACGAAGAGCCGGACCAUUAUGCAGCCCGUAUCGCAUUUACGGGUAAUUCCCGCAUCUUAGGACCAGCUUGUAUCGUCGUGGGUGUGCUUAUGUUAGCCGCUGGUUUCGUUUUAUGUGUUUUGACUCGAAGAGCCCGAAGACGGGAACAAACCAUCGGCUUUCACUGCCCCCUCCAUGGAGAUUUCUACCCCCUAAGUCCCGUAACUAGCUCAAGAACAAUAGCCGCUAUUGAAAAAGGUGGCAAUACGUGUUUAAUGUGUUGGCCUCGAAAAAGAGGUCCAGGUGCUAUCGCUGUGGGCCCUCCUCAGUGCCCCCACAGUCAGGUCUCGAGCACGAGGAGUUCUCUGGCGAGUUCGCCCCAUAGUCAGUGCCCCACGCCGUUACCUUUCCUCGUUAAUUCAGGAUCAGUCGGUGGCCUAGUCCCGGUGACGGCACAGUUAUCGCCAGAUCAACCCUUUGGGUCGAUUCGAUCGUUGGCAGCCGGCCGAGAAGUGGCUAGUUUCCCUUUAUCGCGGACGCCCACGCCGCCCCCUUCAGCGUUUGAGAGAUUAGGAAGUCCGAAUCUAGUCCAAGUCCCCGACGAAGAGAAGCUCGUAGAGUCAAAUUUCGACCGAGUGUCCCGGAGCGGUCCUCGAAAAUCGGUCUCGAUUGUAUUGCCGUCGGAGGACAAAGGGUGACCAGCUGAUUAAGCAAUCAGCGUUCGCGGAACCAAGUGUUUUUCACAAAAUCCAGACUAUAAAGACAUUGUCAUCUUUUUUAUCGAAUUUCGUUGUGUGUUUAGCAUGUUUGGUGUCAUAAAUGGCAUUGUUUAGA